AUGAGCUUCAAAUACUUCACCGAUGAAUUUUUGGAACAAUUUUCUGGAGGAGCAGGUGAUGUCAAUAUUUUGGAAGCAUUAGAUUCAUAUGAUUCAAAUAAUCCAGAAACAGAAGAUGAAAUUGUAUUUUUAUACACUGAGUUAAUACUAUCGUUAGAAGAAGGUAAGAUCAAAAUCGAUCAUUUGAUAGAUUUUUUAAAUGAAACCAUAAGAAAUGAUGAUUUUGCUCGAAUAUUUUGUCAAGUUUUAAAUUCAUUUCCAGUAACUGAAAACAUGAAAUAUCUAUUAUCAACUUUAUACAGAACAGAAAAAGUCAUUAAACUAGAAACAAUUGCAGCUUACAUAGGCACGGAUUUUUUAAAAGAAAGUGGGAUCAUACCAGGAAAUGUUUUAUCAAAAUCGUUGAAUAUGAAAUUAAGAGAUAAGUUGUAUACUCAAAAGAAAUAUAAUUUAUUAGUUGAGGAAAUUGAAGGGUAUUCCAAAUUCAUUAUCGAACUACACAGUAUUUUCACAGAUGAUACUGCAGAUUUUCAGAUUGAUUACGCAUUGCAAAUAUCCGAAUCGUUGAUUGGACAUUACAACUUGGAUCCAAAUAGAUGUUUAAAUAUUAUUUUGGAUAUUCUUAUUAAUAAUGUUGUAAGAAAUUGGAGAGCAGGAAUUGCUUUUUUGAAAAAAUCUCGUUGGUGGCCAAGCAUAGAAGCUGAUAACUCAUCAUUGAAUACGCUAACAAUUGGCGGAAAUUUGAAUGCAUCAAAAAUGGUUGGAUUGGAACUCCUUGAUUACUCAUCAUCAAAAGAUCUUUCUGAAAAUUUUAAAUUGUUUGUUACAAUUUUAAUUAGAGAGCAAUUCAUUAGUUUUGGGUCAUUUUAUAAAUAUUUACGUCCGGAUGAAAAUGCAAUGAAAGAAAUCGAACAAGAAUAUAACAAAAAAUUAGAAGAGGAUGUGUCUAAAGCGGGUGCAAAUGCAUUGGCAUUAGCUGCGCCUUUGGCAGAUGAAGAUGACAAACCACAAACUUCAACAUUACCAGCAAAUAAUACAACAAAAAUUCCAUCAGCGACUUUGGAAACAAAGCUAUUGCUAAAUCUUAAAUUUCAAUUUUUAAAAAUAUUUUUAUCAACGGGCUUAUAUUGGCCAGCAAUAUUCAUAUUAACAGACUAUCCAUAUCUUGCCACAAUUGAUGAUGAAAUUCAACACCUUCUAUGUAAGGUAUUUGGUGCAACUAUUAACAAUAUAUAUGAGCAAAAUAAUGUUAGAAAUAUGACUGCCACGGAUGCUUCAAGAUUAAAAACAGCAAGGGGAGUAUCAUUCGCAAGACCUGGGAAUAACGUCAUAAUAGAAAAUCAACCGCCUCCAUUAAUCAGUACGUUCAGAGCACUAUCAAAAGAUUAUCCGGGAAAGCUGUUUAUCUAUAUAGUGGAAAAUUGGGCUGACACUUUGCCAAUUGUAAAUGACUUUAAGUCACUUCUUAAAGUAUCAAAAGAGAUCUUAAAGUUCAUAGGAACUAAUUUAUCCAAAGAUGUCAGCACAUUUACCAAAUUAUGUGCCAUUGUACGGUCAUUUCAAUCAGAAGAAGAGCUCAAAGACGAAAUAUUUCAUUAUUUCAGAAAUUACAUUUUUCCUGUUAUGCCACUUUUGAAACACAAUUCAUUUGCUAUUGAUGCAGCUUAUUCGAUUUUAGCACAAUAUCCCAUAGAAGAUAGAUUUAGCGUAUAUGGAGAAUUAUAUAAUAAUCUUAGGAAAAAUAAUAAUCAAAUCAAGAUUGCUUAUAGUAUUGCAGAGAAAGAAACAAAAGAUGUUUUGAAAAGGUUAUCAAAGGAAAAUGUCAAACCAAUGAUGAGAAGAUUAGCUAAAAUUUGUUCAUCAAAUCCAUUACCUUGUUUAUUAACUAUUUUACAACAAAUUGAAAGUUAUGAUAAUUUGAUAUCAUUGGUGGUUGAAACAGCAAAGUAUUUCAAUGAAUAUGUCUGGGACAAUUUGACAAUUGCAAUUUUAAUCAGAUUAAGUUCAGAUAGGAGUUCAACUCAUGAUAAUGGAAUGCUUGAACGUCAAUGGCUACAAUCAUUAGCUUCAUUUGUUGGUAAAAUUUGUCAAUCUUAUCCAAAAAAGAUUGAUGUUAAAACAAUUAUUACGUAUGUUCUUAAAUCAUUUUAUUCAGGUGAUAGAAUUGGCUUAUUAGUUUUGAAAGAAAUGUUUACCUCAAUGGGUGGUAUUAAAGCAACUUCUGACUUGACAUUGAGACAGAUUGAUGCUAUUAAUUGUGGUUCAUCAUUACAAAGGAUUACUUAUAGAACUAUCGAUGAUUUACGAUAUAGGAGAAUCGAAUCUGGACAACUCCUUUUGAAAUGCUUUAUUGAUUUGGAUGCAGUUAACGAGUUAAUUGUUCUUCUAUGUUCUAUAUAUGAUGACUUAAUAUUUGGAGAUGAAGAAAGUCAUUUGAAAGUUUUAGCUAGUCGAGCUGAUGAUUUGAGUGCUGUCAUAAAAUUAUUUACCACAUUAGUAUCAUUUUUCGGAAGAGGAGAGGAUACCAAUUUGAUGUCCAUCAAUGAUUUACAUAAUAAGUAUAAUGUCCCAAUAUCAUCUGCAUUUGAUUUAUGGAGAACAAAGUCAGUCGAUCUAGAGUCUAUUGAAUCUCAAGCGCAAGAAGUUGUCCCAAAUAAUUUUCCAACUAGUUUGUUCACAGCAUUUUGGUAUUUCAGUUUAAGGGACAUCAACUAUGACGAAAACCUUUAUGUUGAGGAAUUGGAUAAGCUAGAGUCUGCUACAAGAGGUUUGAAAGAUGCUGUAAGAUUAAAUGCGAGAAAUAAAGAUUUUCCAAUUGCUACACUUGACAAAUAUGAACGUGAGAUAAUUGAGAACACAAAGUUUAUUGAACAAAUUCCAUCAGACAAAGUCAGACAUAAAGAAUUAAAUGAUGCAAUGAAUCAAACACUAUCUGAAUUAUCUUCUAACUGGUUUAAUUCAACUGACGAUAUGGAAAAUACGCAGAAUGAAAAAUUUGUACAGUAUUGUCUCAUGCCAAGGGCUAUACAUUCAUCAUUUGAUGCUGUAUUUGCAGCUAGAUUUGUUUUCAAAUUGAAUGAGUUGCAUGUUGAUAACUAUUCAUUAUUUGGGGUCUUGAGCUCAUUACUUGACUCAGACCAGUUAUACAAUUCAUUAUAUUCCUCAACACCAUCUGAGGCGGAAAAUCUUGGUUAUUUUUUUGCAUUUAUUUUUAAACAUUUACAAGAAAUCAAUAACGAAGAAAGUGUCAAAGCGUUGAAUUUAGGUGAAUUGUCUGAAUUUAAGAAUUGGGUAUUUACUUUUCAUUCAUCAAUUUUGGAACAGAUUAAGAGAAGUCUCGAAGUUGAUGAGUAUAUUUCUAGAAGUAAUACAAUUGUAUUUUUGAAAAACUUAUUAGGGGUUUACCCUCUUGUUGAUGAUCACUGUGAGAACUUGGUUACAGCUAUGGAACAGAUAUAUGAAAAUGAUGAAAAAGAAGAUAUAAAAUUAGCAUCAGGUGCAUUACUUGGACACAUUAAAUCUAAAUCAAAGCAAUGGAUUCCAAUUUGGGAUUUCAUACCAAUGAGUGACGAAGAGAAACAAAAGAUAAUCGAUGAAAGAGAAAAAAUCAAGAAGGAACAAGAAGAGAUUGAGAAAAAAGCCAAAGAAGAAGAAGAAAAGAAAAUUGCAGAAUUGAACAAAGAAAAACAAGCUAAAGAAGAGGAAGAGUUAAGAAGAAAAAAAGCAGCAACAGCCAUAAAUUACAGUAGUACACUGGGAACAGGUAAUAGAACGGGAUUCAGAUCUCAACCUUCAUCAAGUGCUCGUAGAUAUGAAGCAUAUCAAUCAACUGAUAGGAGUGAUCGAUCAAAAUAUAACGCAACUAAAGACCAUGAUGAUUCAGAAAAUAAAGAAGAGGAUAGACCAAGUUCAGCCAGAUCACUGCAUAUAAAAGAACGAUUGUCUAAAAUGAAAUCGGAAUAUCUUAAAGCUAAAUCUUCAGAGCCGAAAGAGGAUGAUAUGGAAAGUGUGAAAGAUGUAGCCAAUGGUCAAGAUGAUGUUAAUGGAGAAAAUGCAGGAACAAAUACAAGUGAAUCCGAGAAUCCAGGUACUACGAAAAGCACAAAUAGUGCUGUUGGUGUUGAAACGGAAAAAGAAAUUGCUACUGAUAGGCAAAUUGAUAAAUCAGACUCAUCCAAUACUCAAGAUAAAACUAACAAUGGUUCAAAUGGUAAAUCAGACACCAGAAGAAAAUCAUUACCAAGUCAAGAAGAACUUAUUCAAAAAUCAACCAUGGAGGCAAAACAACCUCAAUCUAUUCCACCAUCUAACCCCAGAAGAACUCCAUUACCAGCUCAAGGACGAACCUAUUCAACGGGUGAAGCAUCUACCAAACCUGACACAAGAGGGUAUCAUCAAUAUAAUAGUAAAAGUAAUUUUAAAUCAAAUGAACAAGUACCUCCUCCUCCUCCCCCACCUUCAACUUCAGCACAACCUUCAAAUUUUGGUAGAAGAAGUUAUGGAACAGGAUAUGUACGUCAUGAUCAAAACCGUCAAUUUAAUAGAUUUGAUAACAACAAUAAUAAUAAUAGAUCAUAUCAAACUCAAGGUUAUGAUAGUCGAUCACAAACUCCAGUUAAUCAAAGACCAGGGUAUGGUAACAAUCCUGUGAGCGGUGGUUCAGCUGAUACUAGAGCAAAAUAUAGGACACCAACUUAUGAUAAUAGAAAAGCUGCUCAAUCUUCUGAUUCUUCACAAGGAGAUCAAGGUAAUAAAAGAAGAGCUGAUGGUGGUCAAGGUGGUAGAUCUUAUGAUAAAAAGCAAAGGUAUUGA